AUGAUGAGAAGAGGUGGAUCGAUGGGUCCACCUGGCGGUGGUGACCCAUAUCAGAGCCGCCCAUCACCCGGAGGCUACUACUAUUCUCGUCCAUCAACCGGAGGCCAACCAGCACCAUCUCCAUCCCACAGUCAGCAAUCCGCAUCAUCACAUCAUCCGAGAGGAGCGCCAAUGUCGCAGCCCAUCGUGCGUCGCUCUGACUACCGAACCGGAAGCGAACAAAUGACGCCUCGCUCCGAUCAUCGUGGCCCGGCGGGAUACGGUAAUGGAGGUGGACAACCGAAUGAUGCUCGACUAGAAGAGGGAACACCAUCGUAUUAUGUGGAACACUUGGCCACGUUUGCGGUCGGAAGACAAUUCGGACUCACUUUUCCAGCCGAUGGAAUCAGAAAAUUGAAGCAGAUGGAGAAGAACUCAGCCAUCUGGGCACAACCACUGAUCCUUCGGUUUCGACACCACGCUGUGACUGUAGAAGAUGAUAACGGAGAGCUUGUCGAACAGUUCCCACUGGAACUCAUCGAACAACCGACGGCUCAUGUCAGUAAUGACAGUCGGGAGACCUAUAACAACGUGUUGUUGUUUGUGGUUCGAGAGGAUCGAAAGAGAAUGAGCACACCGACUGAAAUGCACAUUUUCCAGUGCAUCCGUGUAUCCGCCACCGACGUUGCCGAAGACCUCAAAAACUAUGUGCACGGACAAUUCCGUCGUGUGCGUAAUGGCCGACGAACCGCGGCGCCUCCUCAUCUUCAAGCUCAACAGCAACAAAUGCCGUUCUACCCACCAGAUGACGCAUCGAUCAGCAGUGAAACAUCUGAAAUGUUCGAACGAGAUGUGAACACUCUCAACCGUUGUUUCGAUGACAUCGAACGAUUCGUCGCUCGUAUUCAGUCGGCCGCGUUGGCUCAAAGAGAGAUCGAACAACAAAAUGCGAGAUAUCGGACAGCGAACCGUCGUGAGAAAAAGAACCAACAGCCACCAGACCCGAAUGGAAUUCUCUUCAUGAGAGCUCAGCUCCCCAUUGAAUCCGAGUUUGUGGAUAUUCUUAAGAAGUUCAAAUUGUCUUUCAACCUUCUGGCUAAACUCAAAAAUCACAUUCACGAGCCGAAUGCUCCAGAGCUUCUUCAUUUCCUCUUCACUCCGCUAUCUGUGAUUCUGGAGGCUUGUCACUGGGGACUCGGAAGAAAUAUCGCACCUACAGUCGCCUCUCCACUGCUCUCGCUGGAAGCUCGUGAGCUCAUGCAGAACUGUUUGACAAGUCGUGAAAGUGAUGUGUGGAUGAGUUUGGGAGAAGCAUGGAGAACUCCACCAGAGGACUGGACAAAACCCCUUCCACCACCAUACCGUCCAAUCUUCCUCGACGGAUUCGCCCCAUACGGUGUCGCUGAUCGAGUCAUCACCACUCCAAACCCACUUCAUCGUGGUCAAUCUGCUCCACCAGAGCACUACCGUCAAGCACCAAGAGAGAGAAAUAUCGUAGAUACUGCUCCAAACACUCCUCAGUCAAUGCAAAGAACUCCGAAAUCGAGACCACAUCGGAAUAUGAGUGUGGAUAAUCUUGAAUUCGACCGGCUAACAUUGGAACGCGAACGAUUGGAAUUCGAGAAGGCGAAGAUAAUGGAGAGAGAAAACCGAUUGAGACAUGAAGAGAAAGUGAUUGAAGAUGAGAAACGUCGAAUGCACGCAGAGAAGGAUUUGAUCAAGAAAGAAACCACACAGCCAGUAGUGGAAGCUCCUCAUCAACCAAUCACGAAACGAUACGACCCACCAAUUUCCAUUUCUCCACCACCACAAAGAAAUUAUUCUCACGUGAAGGUUACUGUAGAUUCUGACACAUCACCACGUCAACAAGCAUUCAUUGAUGAUAUUGUUGGAAGAGGUGGAAAGUUGGCAGUGGUCACUUAUGAUAGAGGAGGUCAGAAUCCAAAGGAGUUGACUGUUCAUAAGGGAGAAUAUUUGGAGGUACUAUUCGAUGAGCGUAACUGGUGGGAAUGUAAGAAUAUGCAUCAGAGAAUCGGAUAUGUUCCACACACAAUUCUGUCAAUGGUGCCAUUUGAGCAACAACAAUACGCGUCGCCCAACCACAACAACACGCAAAACGUCUACAACAACGGACACCAUCAAGGCCCAGUGCACAACGUGUAUCAACGUCCACCACCUCAACUAGUAUCAGACGCUGGUGUUCAAGUGGAAAUCCGUCAAGAGCCAGUUGCUCCUCCACCACUUCCAGUCGUCGUCCCACCACCACCACCACCGAUACAAGGACCAACUAUGGCCGAGAUGAUGAGAUUACAGCAGAUGCAACAACAGAAACAGAGAAAACAGCAACAAGAAGAAGUAGUCUAUCAGCCACCGCCACAACCACAAGCACGUGCUGGAAUCGAAAUUCAACGGAGAAAUCAGAACCCUCAACUUGUUGAUGAAAUGAAUAAUACACUGGGAAAGACGGGCGGAGAGAUAUUGAGACCAUCAGUUCCACGUGCAACACGAGUGGCAAUCAACGAAAAGUCUUCUCCGGAAGACGUGACUCGUUGGUUACAGGAGAAGGGAUUCUCACCGAGAGUAAUUGACCUACUGGACGGUCAAGACGGUGCGAAUCUGUUCUCAUUGUCGAAAUUACAUCUUCAACAAGCUUGUGGAAGAGAUGAGGGUGGAUAUCUUUAUAGUCAGCUGUUGGUUCAAAAGAAGAGGAGUGGCUUCCGAACCCACACCGGCGACGAAUUGAAAGCAAUUCUGAAUCACCGACGAACCCACGUGGAACUGUCAAACGAGGCACCGGCUGAUGAACCCGUCUUCACUAUUAAUCCAAUUCAUUAG